ACUUAUUACUUUGAUCUCUUCUCCUCCAUAGUACAUUUUUAUCACUUCCAAUCCUUCAUCAUUUUCUUCCAUGGCCACCAACACCAAUAGGUUUCCUCUGGCUAUUAACGAUGUUGAGCAACAAGCAACAGUACUAGAGCUUGAAGCCAAUAAGGAAGACUUCGACUACACGAAAAGAGCACAAUGGCUACGAGCGGCAGUUCUUGGGGCCAACGAUGGUCUGGUUUCCACUGCAUCACUGAUGAUGGGUGUUGGUGCUGUGAAACAAGACAUCAAGGCCAUGAUACUUUCUGGGUUUGCUGGCUUGGUAGCUGGGGCUUGUAGUAUGGCAAUAGGUGAGUUUGUGUCUGUGUACUCACAGUUUGAUAUAGAGUUGGCUCAAAUAAAGAGAGACAAGCAAAGAGGAACUAAUAAUAAUGAAGGAAAACAAGAAAAUGGAGGUGAAGACGAAGGAGAGAAGGAGAGUUUACCUAACCCACUGCAAGCAGCUGCAGCCUCAGCUCUUGCCUUUUCAGUGGGUGCAAUCGUGCCACUAUUAGCUGCUUCUUUUAUAAGAAACUAUAAGGCAAGACUAGGUGCCGUAGUUGGUGCAGUGAGUUUGGCUUUGAUGCUGUUUGGGUGGCUAGGGGCUGUAAUGGGGAAGGCACCAGCGGUUAGGUCUUCUGCAAGGGUUUUGGUUGGAGGGCUAAUGGCUAUGGCCAUAACCUUUGGACUAACCAAGUUGAUCGGUUCAAGUGGCCUGUGAUUUACCAUCUUUUUCUUUUCUUUUUUUUUUUUGACCUGGGUUUAAACCUGUAACCUCGAUACUAUUCCAGAAGUUGAUUGAUUUUCUUUUUCUUAAUUUCUUUUUUCUUGUUCUAGUGUAUGUCCGUAGUCGUGUGUCCUGUAACUACCCGUUUGGGUGUGAUAUAAUGAGCAUUGAAAGAACGUUUAUUUGGUGAAA